AUGGCUUCAAUAGUGGAUAAUGGGCCCUUUGUGCCUGCUCUGAUUGUGGUUGACAUGCAGGAAGACUUCUGUCCACCUAAUGGAUCACUGGCUGUCGAAGAUGGCAGAUCCAUCGCUCCAUUAAUCAACUCUCUUCUCGCCCAACCUGGGUUUGUGAUACGUAUUGCAACCCAAGAUUAUCAUCCCACAGACCAUAUCUCCUUCGCCAGCAACCACCCCGCACCUAACAACCGCCCUUUUAAGUCCUAUAUUGAAAUGAAGAAUCCCAAUCCAGCGCCUGGUCAAGACCCCGAAACGAAGCCACAGCUUCUGUGGCCCGUUCACUGUGUAGCUGAGACUCAAGGAGCUGAGGUCAUCCCCGAGAUCGACGCCGGUCGCAUCGACCUUGUGGUUCACAAAGGCAAGCAUUCGCAGGUUGAGAUGUACUCUGCAUUUGCAGAUGCUUUUGGCAACCUCGACCCGACUAUCACUAUGCAGUCCGUCAGUAAAGACAUAACCUCUGAGCUCCAGGCCAAGGGUGUGACAGAUGUCUUUGUUGUUGGGCUGGCCGGCGACUUCUGCGUCAAGUACACCGCCAUCGACGCCAUCAAGGCUGGGUUCCAGAGCUGGCUCAUUGAAGAGGGGACCAAGUGUGUUUCUCCGGCUGGCUGGGAUCAGGUCAAAGCGGAGCUUCGUAGUGCUGGAGUGUCGGUGAUUCACGCAGACGAUGCGGUUGUGAAGAAGCUGGCAUGA